CGUAGAAGUUGUACUACGUUUGAGGUGGCUUCAAUACUCUAGAUGGCGACUCAAGCGAACGGACGAUAUAUUGACAACAGGAGCUGCUAUAACUGUGGACAACAAGGGCACAUCUCCAGAUUUUGUCCACUGUCGGACAAGCGGUUGAAUGGAGGACAGGCCAGCACGAGUAUGGCCAUUGUUCCAGCUCAACCGUUGAUGACUGGACCAAGCAACACGAUUGGCGUAGGAAUUGUUGCGCCGACCUUUUCUAACAAUUACUCGAAUGACAAGACUUGGCUGCGCAACCGAGUAGCUACGCUUGAGGAUAUUGUAGGGCGUAUCAAGGUCAGGCAUGAUGCUGAUGAGGCUAAAGAAGUUGCUGCUAAGGAAGAGGCUGAACGAAAGAAGAGAGAGACAAAAGAAGGAGAAAGAAGACUACGUGACAAGAAGGAGAGUGAGGAACAGUAUACCAGGAUGAGUCUAGAGUUGAGUAAACAAUGGGAUAAGGUUUGUGAGAAGAUCGAUAAACGUGAUCAGGGGGCAAAUGAACUUGCUAAGCUACAAGAAGAAGUUGGAAGGUUGUCUCGGGGAAAGAAUGAAGUCUCAUCGACAGAGGCCACGGUCAAACCUACCACUGAUGUUGACGCUGUAAAUAAGCUGAAACGUGAGCAGGAGGAAGCUAGGGUUGUCGUUGAUAGGAGAUUCGCCAUGAUGGAGGAAAAAAUCGCUGCGCUGAUCAAGGGAAAGGAGGAGGCCGAGGCUAAUGCUGAAUUGUGGAAGGCUGAGGCUCAUCGACCUGGUAAUAAGCGGGGCAAUAUUGUUGUCUGUACUCAAGCGACGCAGGCGAGGGUUCGACCAAGAAGUGUAUCGGUGGUGCGAACUGCCAGUGCCAGUGCAGGCAUGGCGAGAACCGAGGAAAAGGCCGAUCCCGUUAUCAAGGGGAUCGUGGAGAGACAUCAGAUGGAAAUCAACGCUUUGAAAGAGUUGUGCUUGAAGGAUGUUGACGGGCGUAUCGAGGCGGAAAAGGAGGUUGAACGCCUGAAGGAGGCAAUGGCGCGUUUGGAAAUGGAGAAGAGGCAGAAGGGUACUAAUCUCAAGAGUCGUCUGGACGAGGCGGCUGGACCAUCUACGUACAAACCACCGUGCCCACCAUUGAAGAAGAAGGGGAAUCUUACCCCUGGGAUGCAACUUAAUGACCGCGAGGCUUUUGUUCAAGAGGAGAGGAAGAAUUUACGGAAGAAAAACAAGUUGGAAAUUCAAAAGAUCUGUCGGGAUGAAGGUAUUUUGUACACGACCCUGGAACCAACCAAAGAAGAGAUAAUUUACCAAAGAGUGCAGCAUAUGUUUGGAGUGGACAAUUUGACCAAGGGGAAAGGUAAGGAUGAUACAGUUGUUGAAGUUACGGCCGGAGAGACUGAGGAUAAUGAUGUGGAGGCUGCUGUUGACACCGCUGCUUCCUAGCUUCUCUCCCGGACGCAACUUGGUUGUGGUCUCAUCUGCGAAGGUUGACUAAUGCU